AUGGCCGAGGAAAACUACCUAUCGACACCUGAACUGUCGCCUCUCGAGCAAGAGGUGCUGGAUGAAUACGAGCGAUUGGCCAACAACAUGAAGCAGCUCGCCACGCUGCUCGACAGGCUCGCGUCCAACCCGACGACCGACAUCCUCGACGGCCUGCGCGACCUCGAGCGCAAGACGAGCAUGGCCUUUACGCUGCUCAAGGCCAGCGUGUACAGCAUCGUCCUGCAGCAGGAGAUUGACUGGGGCGCGGGCGGCGGCGCGGGCGGCGAUGCUGGGCACGCCCCCGCGGCGGCGACGUCGAGUGCCAUGGGGAGCGACUACGACGACUGA